AUGGCCAAGACAGCAGCCUCCUCAGCGCUGGAGGACUUAGAUCUGAGCGGAGAGGAGGUGCAGCGGCUCACCUCCGCCUUUCAGGACCCAGAGUUCCGCCGAAUGUUCUCCGAGUACGCCGCGGAGAUCACGGACCCUAAGAACCGGAGGCUCUACGAGGAAGAGAUCACAGUGCUGGAGCGGGAGCGCGGGGUGGAGGUGAAGUUCGUGCACCCAGAGCCGGGCCACGUGCUGCGUACCAGCCUGGACGGGGAGCACCGCUGCUUCGUGAACGUGUGCAGCAACUCGCUAGUAGGCGCGCCCAGCAGCCGGCCGGGCCCCGGGCGCGGCGGGACCGCAGCUGGCAGCCACUGGUCCCUGCCCUACAGCCUGGCCCCGGGCCGCCAGUAUGCAGGGGGCAGCGGUGCCCGUUACACCGUCUACGACGUGGUCUUCCACCCCGAAGCGCUUGCGCUGGCCCGGAGCCACCAGCCCUUCCGCGAAAUGCUGGACGCCACGGCCCUGGAGGCGGUGGAGCAGCAGUUUGGCGUCAAGCUGGACCGCAGGAACGCCAAGACCCUGAAGAUCAAGUACAAGGGGACGCCGGAGGCCGCCGUGCUCCGCACGCCCCUUCCCGGAGGCGUGCCGGCCCGGCCGGAGGGGGAGCAGCCGGGUCUUCUCCCGGACCCACCGUACCCAUAUCGCUACCCCGCGGCGGCGGAGAGCACCGCCCGCACGCCCGCGUCCCCGGCUCCCGAGGCCGAGCAGCGACCCGAGCCCACCGAACCGCGCUGCACCGUGGUGCAGCGUCACCACGUGGACCUCCAAGAUUACCGCUGCUCGCGCGACGCGGCCCCGAGCACCGUGCCACACGAGCUGGUGGUCACCAUCGAGCUGCCGCUGCUGCGCUCGGCCGAGCGGGCGGAGCUGGAGGUGAAGGGGAAGCUGCUGUGUCUGGACUCCAGAAACCCCGACUACCGGCUGCGGCUCUCGCUGCCGUACCCGGUGGACGACGGCCGCGGCAAGGCGCAGUACAACAAGGCGAGGCGGCAGCUGGUCGUCACGCUGCCGGUGGAUCUAGCGGCCGCGCGCCGGGACCUCGCCGUGAUGCCGGAAGAUCCUGCCUCCGAGACCGGAAGUGAUACCGCAGCCUGCACUUCCGCGGGCGAUCUUGCUACGGCGCGGGAAGAAUCGGUACACGAGACCGGAUCUGACUGCGGGGAGAAGUGCAGUACUUCAUACCUCGGGGCUGCAGAUCCUGAAGGGGAGCUGGUUCCUGAGCUGGAGCGAGACUUCGGCGGGGACUCGGAGGCGCCUCUAGGCCUCGGGGAAGGGGCUCCUCCUGGCGACGGAAGCCUCCCUUGCACUGAGUUGCCGGGCCGCGACGCUGAAUCCCCUGUGGAAAGACCCAGAGAGUGCGGAGACCUCACUGCCCAGGCGUGUGAGGAGCAGGAGGAGACCCGCUACGAAACCUCGGGCCCAGCCAUGGGUGGCUCCGGGACCGAGAGCAUUGAACCAUUGUGCCCCCCUAUACAGUGUAAUCAGGACGAAGACUGUUUGACUUUGCUCAUUCAAGUGCCUGGGAUUCAGCCGCAAAGUCUACUUGGGGACCUGAGCCCCCUCUGUUACAAAUUGUGCUUCUCCACACAAGACUCGGGUUAUUCCUUCACUUUGCAGUUUGCUCCAGAGAAUAAGUUGAGUACCAAAGAACCCGAGAUUAGCAUUUCUUUAGACAAUGCAGUGAUAGUACUGGCAAAAUCUCCAGAGAGCCACGGACGUUGGCGAGAGUGGUAUUGUGGCCUGAACAGCGAUUCUUUGGAGGAAAGAUUGUUUGUCAGUGAGGAAAAUGUGAAUGAGUUUCUUGAUGAGGUCCUGCGCUCCCCAGUGAAGCAGGCAAGGCCCUCAGCCCCACCCCUGAUUGAAGUUCUCGAGGUCACUGACAAGCAGAUUCAGAUCCAUGCCAAGUUGCAGGAAUGUAGUGAUUGUGAUGGGCUUCAAGGAAAGGAAGAAGGAGUCAAUGAAGGGUGCCCUCUAAGUGAAAAGGAAAGCCCAGAGCGUCUUACCACCUCUGCAACGGAUUGCGAUUCGGCUGUAGCAGUUGAAACACUGAAAAUGAACACUUGUGGUUCCGCUGUGGGCCUUCAACACAGUUGCCCUGAUGCUCCUCACAUGCUGUCUGGAAACCCUCAGCAGCCAGAGGCAAGAGUGGACCCAGAGUCGACAAAAGAAAGCAGUAAUGCCAACUCAGCCGAGGAAAAGGAGCAUCUAAAAGAGCCAGUAAUAAGUAAGGAAAAAGAAUCAGAUGAAGAUCACCUGUCUUCAUUACGGAACAAAACUGUAGUUCAAAAUGUACCUGAUUUUGAUAGUAUUAAAGAAACCAAUAUGCAGGAUGGCAGUGUGCAGGUUAUUAGAGAUCACACGACUCACUGUGCAUUCAGUUUUCAAAAUUCUUUGCUAUAUGACUUGGAUUAAUUUUAUAUCGUUUUGAAAUUUAAAUGUUGAGUAAAAAAAAUUGGCACCCAAAAUAUCAUCUUUGUGUUU